GUCAUGUAUCAGACUCCUGAAACCAAACACAGCUUAAACUACCAACCUGGCUAAUUCAAUAUCAGAGGUGAAAUAUAUCCAUUACACACAGGGAAAAUGAACAGGGUCCAUGUAGUUGCUUUAUUUCUUCUACUUCAAGUCAACUUCCUUGUUACUACAUGCUGCCCACUACCAUGUAACUGUUUCUCUGGGACCACGAUGAUUUGCUCAGAUUCAAAGAUGAGUUUUUUGCCCAGGGAUAUCCCGUCAAGGGUGAAAACACUGAUUGUGCUGGCAUCUCACAUGAAAACUAUCACCUUCCAAGAAAAUCUCGGUCUGACCAAAGCUGUGUUCAUCAACAACCCGGUGCAACAUAUUUUAUCUGAUGCAUUUGAUGGACUGGAUAAUCUGGAGGAGCUUGAGAUCACUGGGAGUCCUUUUACAGCCUUGGACGUAGCAACUUUUAAUAAGAUGAGCAAUCUGACCAAGCUUCUACUAAACAACAACCAGCUAGAAUUUUUAGCAGGCACUUUUAACUUUUUGCAAAAGCUUGAGACACUUCAGCUUAGAGGAAAUAACCUUACACAUCUAGACAUGACCAUGUUCCACAACCUCUACAACCUUCAUAAGCUUGACCUGUCCUUAAACGAACUUUCUACAAUUAACACUAAUCUUUUCAGUAACCUGAGCAGGCUGAAGAUGUUGGAUCUAGGUUUAAACCAGAUCACUUCUCUGAAUGUGGACACCUUUAAUUGUAACCUUCAGCUACAAAUACUCUCCCUGCAGGGUAACCAGCUUACUCAGCUUCCUUCAAACAUUUUCACCCAGUUAAACAAACUAGAGGAACUAAAUCUCAGAGACAACAAAAUACUGGAGCUUAGUGAUGGAUUGUUUCCCUCAACUCUAAAGAAGCUUAACCUCAGAGGAAACAGACUUGUUCAACUUCCUACAACCUUAUUUCACGGCCUUCAUAAUCUCACUCAUCUAGACCUGUCCCAGAACCAGCUAUCCACUUUUCAGGCAGAACAGUUCCAGAACAUUUCUUCCUUAGAGCAUCUUGAUUUGUCUGUCAAUAAGCUUGCAGAGUUACCAGGCAGUGUAUUCAGAGGGCUGCUCCAAAUCAAAACCAUUUAUUUGCAACAGAACAAUCUAACCUCACUAAAGGCAGAUCUGUUCAAAGAUCUGGAAACAAUGUCACGGCUCUAUCUGUCCAAGAACAGACUGAAGAAUCUACCACGUGGCUUAUUUGACAGCCUAGAUUUUCAAUGUUUGGUAAGGCUUCAUGGUAAUCCUUGGCGAUGUGAUUGUGACUUGCGGUACCUUCAAGAGUGGCUGCACUUUAGUAAAGACACCGUGGAGGACUUAAGUCAGGUUCACUGUGAUAGUCCCCAGACUUUAAAUGGACAUAGUUUGACCACCCUUACCAACGAGCAGCUUGUUUGUGUAAACAGCUCAAAAUUGCAAAACUUUAGAACCAACACUACGUCUACCAGAAAUAAGUGCAGUAUUGAAGAGGUUGAUGAUAAUGUUGUUAUUAAAUGCAAGCUUAUUGAAUGUUUUGAUUGGAAAUUUGAGAUGAAUUAUAAUUAUAAACAUGGAAAACAAUUUCAGCAUAGUAUGAAAAUAACAAGCCCCAAACACCCUCAGUGCUUAAAUAUAACUCUAAAAAUUAACUAAGCAUUUUAUUUAUAUAUUAAACGUUUACA